AUAUGCAGUAUGGGGGAGGGGGGCAUGUAACAAACUGUCAACCGAAGCAAUGACGACGUUUAUGAUAACGUCCUUGACCGAAGGAAGGAUCGAGUUGGCGCAGAAACAUUUACAAAAUGGACUUGUCAGUGUUGUCGUGAUUCUGAAAACUUUUGUAAAGACACAAAGGAUAAAACACCCCUCUUGUAACGUGUCAUUUAUGUAAAUACUACUACAUAUUGAGAGGCCAGCAGGCAUUGGCUGAGGCAAGAAUAUGCCAACACAUUGUAGCGCACGCACCACGAAGCAUGCCACACAGUAUGAACAACGUCACCAAGCUAAGAGGCAGGCUAAAUAUUUAUGUAACAUUCUUCAAUAGUUCUACUUAAGGGCAUCUCGAGUCCCUAUAUAUAGGGACCAUUGUUUUAGAUAAUCACUAUGGCUGAUAGUUGUAACAACGACAUGACCGGACCCUCCGCCUCACUAUCAGUGAGCAAAUUGAUCCUAGAUAACUGCAGGCCUUUUGUUUACGUAGCUUAAUGUUAUAAAGGGAGCCAACAUCCAAUAUAAACAAUACAACAGGCCAGAUAAACUAUCGUCUUCCCUCUCCAUUGUUUUCCACGUUAUCUAGUUUCCUUGCCUUACCCCACCGCUUCAGCUCUGAAAAGCGUAGCCGCUUAUACUUUACCGUCGAGGGCGACCCUUAUUGUGCGCGAACGAGAAAAGGUAAGAUAAUUUUAGCUGUAAGCGCACAGCGAGCAGUCAGCUAGUUCCAGCGACCCGUGUCAUGUACUCUCCGCCACGCAGCUGACAAAUUUUGUUACUUUGAAGGCUGAGAAUCAAGGUAUCGCUGGUGACAGGGGUAGGGGGCGCGUCGGAUAGUGUUUACGUAAAAAUACAACAUGGCGACGAAAGGUGCAACAAAACUUCGUCUGUCGAACCUAAAGACUAUGUUGAAGAAGAACCCUUCAGAAAGAGCAGAACUUUCCCUGGCCAGUCGUAACUUGAGACAGAUCCCACACGAUGUCUUUACUUUGGAUGGGGUGGAAUCUCUACUAGUAAACUCCAACCAACUGGAGAGAAUUCCUCCCAACAUCGCUCACAUGAGCCAACUACAAGUUCUAGACGCUUCCAGAAAUAACAUAACACUGGUUAGUGAAAGCAUCGCCCAGUGCGUCAGGUUACAGGAGUUAAACUUGUCCUACAACAGACUCACUGAUCUCCCACGAGAGCUUUCCAGACUCAGAAAAUUUUACAAGUUGUAUCUGAAAGGAAAUGAAAUUACCAGCAUACCGUCCGUGGUGGUGACAUUGACUCCUUUGACGCAUCUCGACUUGGCCACUAACCGCCUCAGCGUCUUACCGACUAGCUUCAAGAAUCUGAAGAGACUUAAAGUUCUUGAUCUCAGCAGUAAUAAUUUUGAGCAGAUCCCAGCACCAGUUGCAGGGAUGAACAGUUUGGAGAAAUUGGAUAUGGGUUUCAACAAGGUCGGUCGUAGGCAAGAACGUACCACAAGUACUACUAGUACUAAGGGACUCAAAAAGUUGAAAGUUUUGAAUCUUCGCGGAAACAGUAAUCUGACAACCAUACCAUUGGUAGAAUAUCUAAGUAAGCUGGACAGCAUCGAAGAGAUAGACGUCAGCGACUGCUCCUUGAAAGUUCUAAAUCCAAAGGUGGGAGCCAUGAAGGGAUUGAGGAGUUUGCGGUUGGCUAGGAACAGACUACAGGCUCUGCCGGACGAAAUCUGUGCAUUGGAGAAUCUGAGGACUCUUGAUGUUGAACAAAACAAACUAGAACAGCUUCCCUCUGACAUGUACAUGCUGAGGGAGCUACAGGUUAAGCACAAGGUUGGGGAGACCAAGAACGGACUGAUUCUAGACGGGAACCCCCUUUGGUCUCCCCCUCCCCACAUCAUAGCUCAAGGUCAUCCAGAGGUCAUCUCAGCUGUACUCCUUGAAGACGCUGGCAUGUUGGAAGACGUGGUCACCGAGGAGGCCUUUACAGGAAUAUGCAAUGCCGUCGUGGACGAGUGUCUGGCCACGCUGACAAAGAGACCCGGUGUCCUAAGCACAAUGAAAUGGCUUGCCCCAACCACAGCUACCCUGCCGACGUUACCCAUCAAAGCCUCCAAGUCCAAGAAGCCAAGGUUCGACACGGAAGACGCCUUGGUAGAUGACGCCGUGAGGAGGUGCAUGAAUGAGUGCGUGGACCUCGUGUUUUCCCAGGUUAUGUCUUUGGCGUCUUCCGAGAAUGUGGUGGACUUGGUGGAGGAGCGCGUCAUCGACUGGCUCAUUAAGGAUGCCAUACAGCAGGUAAAGGAAGACCUGAGGAUGAUGGAAACAGUGGAAGACAUGGCGAGGGAAGUAGUAGAGGUGGAGGCACGCAGAUGCCUGCGGGAGGCGGUAGAAGAAAGCGUCAUGACAGUCCUGGGUCUUGGACAGGCUACAAGUCCGGAGCAGUAUUGCGAAAAGAGUUUCCUUGUUGGUGUCACAGAGACAGACCUCAAGCUUCCAGGCGGCGCCCUACUCAAGGUACCCGACAAGGCGCUAAACAAGGACGUCGCCGUCACCUGUAUUGUUCUGAACCCCGUCACGUACGGUCAGGGAGUGCCGUUGGUCGCAGGGGAAACCUUAGUCUCUGACGUCAUCAAUAUCAAGCCGCAUUCAACACAGCUUCAGAAGCACGCUCUGCUCAAAAUCCCACACGCGGUAUCCCCAUACGACGACGACCGUGAGUUUGUGCUGAAGUUCUCCCGUAACGGCUCAAACUGGAGAACAGUGUUCGCCGAGGACGACGAAAGCGUAAGGGGACAGGCUGUGUACCGAGUGGACCGCCUGGGCACUUUUGCCGUCGUGUCUCGGGCGAGAACGUACGAACACUGGAUGAAGGCGGGACAGCAAGAAGUUCACAUGGGCAGGACCGGGGCCGCGGGGGUGGAGGUUCAUCUGCCGGCAGACCCGAUAGCCAGACCACGGGGAAUGAACUUCCAGGUGCUGACGGUUGACGCUAGCAGCAUCUGCCAUGCCAAUCAGCCUACAUCCACCCCCCGGGGACAGACAUCAUCUCUCCUGGCCGCAAGUCACAUCUUCAACUUGACCUCAAGGCUCAUUCCACUAAAGAACUACGCCCAGCUUGUGUUACCGUUGGCAAUGUCGUCAGAAAAUGACGUCACGUCACUACGAAGCCAGUCGCUGACAUCUGAUGACGACAGCAUCCUGACCAUUGAUGACGUCACCAUGACGCCUAUAGAAGACAUCUCCAAGGAGAAGGUGCACAUCGUGGGGUUCUCGCAUGCGCACAACAAGUGGGAAGAUGUGACGUCACGGGUCAAAUCAGUGACCUUGGAAGGGGCGAGUGUCUCAUUCCGUACAAAGGAGCUGCAAAGUUAUGCCGUCCUCUGCUACUCACCUAAAGAGGAAGUCAGGAUUGACCCGACGGUAAAGUCUUUGUCCAGAAACAUGACGACAUCACAAGUGAGCGUCCUUGUCUUCAAACGAUGGGCGAGACACCAACAUGACUACCUAUACGAUGCAAGCCCAACUCGCCAGGCGGCGCACCAUGUGAGUGACGACGCCGACAGUGCCAGGAGAGUUGACCUGCGUGUCGAACUUGCUACCAAGGAAACGCGAGGAUUAGUGGCGCUCGAAGCGAAGAUGGAAGGGUUUGAACCACAAGACGGGACCUCACGCGGAGACGUGCUCCUUAAAGAAGGACAGGACCUUCAUCUGAGACUGAACAAUGUCUUGGAAUGCGACGCAUAUAAGGACUACGUCAACUUCCACGUAUACGUCAGAAAACGCAACAGGCUGUCCUUGACUGUGGAGUUUAUGGACUUUAGCGAGACUGGGGCCAUGAAAGUAGUCACGGGGCACUUAGGGGAGGGCAAGAAAGGGGUGACAAAAACGCCUAAGGUGCUGUUCGAAGUGCCUAUCACCUGUCCAGGGGUGGGGUUCGACACCAUCAGCGAGCCUUCACUCAGUUUUGACAUGUAGAUAUCGGUAAUAUAAAAUCAGGUCUUAGUCACUAAUAGACACAGCUACUUAUUAAGGGAA